AAUGAUAAUAACAAUAAUAAUAACAAUAAUAAUACACUAUGUAACUGCGACCUGUUGUGGAGAAAUUAUAGACAAAUAACCCAAAUCUAUAGAUCUAAAGAUCAUAUAGUGAAUCAUAAUAAUACUAAUAAUAAUGAACAAUAAAAUCAUUGGACGUUGUGCAUUGUUGAGUGCAAAUGGGCGAUACCAACUUAUUCGUAUACAAACAAAAGUAUUUUAUUUAGUCAGUAAUUUCUCUCUUCCUUUUUUUAUUUCAGUCCGAAAGUAGAAAUGCAGCACUGCCCCUUUAACUGGGAACGUAUGACUUGGGUCUGACGUCAUCACGUACGUUAAUAAACAAACCGUCGCGCUGUGGUGCAGAAACAAGCACAGGUGUCUCUGUCUCUGUCUCUCUGAAGGUCCACAGAGGAAAUGAUCUACAUCAUAAUGGGAGUCUCUGGCUGUGGAAAAAGCAGCUUAGGGGCUUUUCUUUCAGAAAAGUUGGGCUGGCCGCUGCAUGAAGGAGAUGAUUUGCACCCACAGGAGAACAUUGUGAAGAUGUCACAGGGCGAACCACUCACAGAUGAGGACAGAUUACCUUGGCUCCUGCAACUACAUGGAGUCAUUCAAAGAGAAAGGUGUUCAGGCCGUGAUGGCUUUGUGACAUGCUCGGCCCUAAAGCGCCUCUACAGACAGAUCAUGCUGCAUGGGUCCACAGCCCUUGACCAAGAGAUCCGGCCUCCUGCCCCUCCUGACGUCUUCUUUCUGUUCCUGCACGGCGACUUCAGUCUCGUCCAUCAGAGGAUGAUGUCGCGGACGGCUCAUUUCAUGAAAGCCGACCUUCUGCAUUCCCAGUUUGAGCUUUUAGAGCCUCCGUUGGGGGACGAGGAGAAUGUGUUGUUCUUAGACAUCGCAAGAGACAUCAAUGAUAUCGCUUUGGAGGUUGAAAAGCACAUUAUCAGCCUCAAGCCACAACCAGUGAAGCUGUAACCACUGCAGCAGACCAGACAUGAUGAGGAUAAUCAUCAAGUGUUUUUAAGGGAAGGCAGUAUAGAAAUAAAUCAGUAUCUAGUGUGUGGAUUUUUAUGAACAUGAGCCUUUUUCCAGAUCAAAAAUGUCAUUUAAUUCAAUGAAAUGUCCAUUUACUUACUACUUACAGUAUGAUGUACUGUGGAGAUUCCCAAUGUUCUUCUGCACUGCCAAAAACACUGAAAAGUGUAGCAUACUACAUUCAUUUUUAUUCAUUAUCAUGAUGCAUUGAAUGUCAUUUGAUCUGAUUUACACAUUUUUUGAACUAACAGGUUAGACAGACUUCAGUGUGAGAGACACAAGCGUCUUUUAUCAGUCUCCAUCGUGACCAUCAACUCCUGUGAUUUGCAGUUGAUGGUAUGUAUAUCGGAUACUCUUCUGUAUGCAGCAGAGCAUCAAAUGAUGAUAAGAAGAAUAGACUAUUUGAGUUUGUAUAUAUUUUGUUAUAAGUCUAAAUCUUUGGCUUUUUAAUCACUGUUUUGUACUGAAUAUCAAUAAGUUUGAAUAUUUCACAUAAGUCACAUUUGUAAUUUCAGUGUUUGCAUUUCUAUAACAGGGGACUAAAGAUGCAACAAACAGUUUUUAAUCAAAUUAAUUUCUCAAGUGUUUUCUUGAUUUAUUGGAUUAAUCGAUCAUCUGUAGAACAAAAGAGAACUUCCUACAAGUGUCUGUCUUAUCUGCAGUUGUAGAUUAAACACUACAGGUUUGUUAUCUUAUUCAAACAAGUUCUCAUCAUGGAUGGGUUAAUAUGAAAAAUACUUAAAUUGAUUUAAGUAUUUUAAGGAUUGUCUGAGCUACUACCCAUCAUGCUCUGAUGUCAAGUCUAACAAAUGGUGCAGAAUAUAAUAAAGUGACAAUAAUAGACAA